AUGGAGGCCAGAGACGGCGGCUCAGCGCCCCUGCCGUGCUCCUACGCGCCACUGCCGGAGGAUGCCGAGGCCGCCACCACGGUGGGGCGCGCGCACCGGACUGCAGGCCCGCUCUGUGCCGCCCUGCUGCUGGCGACGGCAGUCGUGCUCCUCGUGGUUGCCGCGCUCGCCGGCGUCAGGGUCAACGGCCAGCUGCCCGCCGGUGGCAUCGUCGUCAUGUCUGACCACCAGACAACGGUCGACGCGGCGCCGAUGAGCACCAGCAGCCGGGGCCCUGACUCCGGCGUGUCAGAGAAGACGUCCGGCGCCGGCGCCCACGGCGGCAUGCUUGGGGCGGACGCCGGCGGCAACGCGUUCCCGUGGAGCAAUGCCAUGCUCCAGUGGCAGCGCACGGGUUUUCACUUCCAGCCCGAGAAGAACUGGAUGAACGACCCCAACGGUCCCGUGUACUACAAGGGAUGGUACCACCUCUUUUACCAGUACAACCCGGACAGUGCCAUCUGGGGCAACAAGAUCGCGUGGGGGCACGCCGCCUCCCGCGACUUGGUCCGGUGGCGCCACCUCCCCGUGGCAAUGUCCCCUGACCAAUGGUACGACAUCAAUGGCGUCUGGUCAGGCUCUGCCACCGUCCUCCCCGACGGCCGCAUCGUCAUGCUCUACACCGGCUCCACCAACGCAUCGGUCCAGGUCCAAUGCUUGGCUUUCCCCACCGACCCUUCCGACCCUUUGCUCAUCAACUGGACCAAGUAUGAGAACAACCCGGUGAUGUACCCGCCACCGGGCGUCGGGGAGAAGGACUUCAGGGACCCGACCACUGCGUGGUUUGAUGGUUCAGAUGACACAUGGCGGCUCGUCAUCGGCUCCAAGGAUGACCGCCAUGCCGGCAUGGUCAUGACCUAUAAGACCAAUGAUUUCAUCAACUAUGAGCUUGUCCCCGGGUUGCUUCACCGUGUUCCGGGGACGGGUAUGUGGGAGUGCAUUGAUUUGUACCCGGUCGGUGGUAAAAGGGGCAUUGACAUGACAGAGGUAGUGGCAGCGGCGUCCACCAAUGGCGGUGACGAUGUGUUGCACGUGAUGAAGGAGAGCUCUGACGAUGACCGGCACGACUACUAUGCGUUGGGGAGGUAUGACGCGGCAAAGAACACAUGGACGCCAUUGGACGCCGAUGCCGAUGUCGGCAUUGGGCUGAGGUAUGACUGGGGAAAGUUCUAUGCGUCCAAGACGUUCUAUGAUCCGGCGAAGAAGCGGCGUGUGCUGUGGGGGUGGGUCGGUGAGACCGACUCCGAGCACGCUGAUGUCGCCAAGGGAUGGGCCUCCCUCCAGUUGUUACUGUUGCAGUCGAUCCCUCGCACUGUGGUGCUGGACACCAAGACGGGGAGCAACCUCCUGCAGUGGCCCGUGGAGGAGGUGGAGACGCUCCGGACCAACUCCACCAACCUUGGAGGCGUUACCGUCGACCAUGGCUCCGUAUUCCCACUCAGCCUUCACCGUGCCACCCAGCUCGACAUCGAGGCCUCAUUUCGUCUUGACCAGCUUGACGUCGCCGCUUCCAAGGAGGCGGAUGUCGGCUACAACUGCAGCACCAGCGGUGGCACGACUGGACGGGGCACACUCGGUCCCUUCGGCCUCCUUGUGCUUGCUGAUGCCAGGCGCCAUGGUGGUGACAUGGAGCGGACCGGCGUCUACUUCUACGUGGCCAGAAGCCUCGACGGCGGCCUGCGCACACACUUCUGCCAUGACGAGAUGCGCUCAUCUCAUGCCAACGAUAUUGUCAAGAGGGUCGUAGGCAAUAUUGUCCCCGUGCUCAAUGGCGAGGAGUUUACGAUGAGGGUGCUAGUGGACCAUUCCAUUGUUGAGAGCUUUGCAAUGGGGGGGAGGUUGACGGCGACGUCACGGGUGUACCCAACGGAGGCCAUCUAUGCCAACGCUGGGGUCUACCUCUUCAACAACGCCACCAGCGCCCGGGUGAACGUCACAAGGCUCGUCGUCCAUGAGAUGGACUCCUCCUACAAUCAGGCCUACAUGGCCUCACUGUAA